AUGUCAAUGCAACAUGCUUGGAUACAAUACAUUUCUUUAAAUAUCUAUUACAAAUUACUAUUAAAUACAUGGUAAGUUCGGAAUGUAGAAAAUAAAAAAAUUGUUAAAAAAAUAAUAAUAAUAAGAGAACAAUUUAAGUGUCAAUUUGGAUUAAUUGUUGAUAAACCAAAACAUUGGUACGGUAACAGUAAUGACGGCAACACGGCUAGAUGUUUUUUCGAAAAUGCAGAUAUAUCAAGCUCUAUUACUGGAGUUGAUGUAGUGAUAAUGAAAAGAUUUCGAACCAUUUUGAAAACUAUGGCUAGCGGAUAUACUAUAAAUCUAAAACUGUUUGAAGAAUACUCUUUAAAAACG